AUGUCUCAGCUCGCCCGUGCCUACGCUCUGAAUGAUGUCUCCGCCACCCGGUCCCUGUACGACGAAUGGGCGAGCACCUACGACAAGGAAAUGGCCGAGGCCACCCAGGACUACGUCGGCCCUGCUCUCGCCAGCACCUACACGCUCAAGUGCGUCGGCGUGGACAACAUCUCCAAAGCCCGGAUCCUCGACGCCGGCUGCGGCACCGGCCUCGUCGGAGUCCACCUCGCCAAACUAGGUGCCAAGAAUGUUGACGGCAUCGACCUCAGCCCUGGGAUGCUGGACAUUGCCCGCCGAGCUGGCGUCUACCAGGAGCUCGAAACGGCCGACCUCACCAAGCCACUGUCGCACAAGGACGGUCAGUAUCAAGCCGUGGUCUGCAUCGUAACCUUCACGCAGGGCCACGUAGGCCCUUCGGCGUUUGACGAGUUCGUCCGCGUCGUGGAGAAGGGCGGCUACAUCAUCUCCACGGUCCUCGGCAGCAUCUGGUCCAGCGGUGGGUAUGAAGCCAAGGUUGCUUCACUGGCCGAGGACGGAAAGGUCAAGGUCCUCAGCGCCGAGCUCGAGGACUACCGUCGUGGUGCGGGCGUUCAGGCGUACAUGGUCGUGCUCCAGGUGCUGUGA